ACAUUACAGCUGCAAUAAGUUGCAGCAUCAGCGAAUCUCACGUACAUUAGCAUUAUUUAGUUAUUAAGUUAUUUUCGGGCGUCUAUUUAUUUAUUUUUCAGUUUAUAACGUUAUUUUCAAUAGUUAAACGGUUAAAAGUGGGAAGGACAAGUGUGUACAUAGUAUUUAUUUCCAUCCGGGCAUUGAUGAAAAAUUUGGAUAAGCUUUUGCGAAACUAGAUGGUAUUUUUGCGUUUUCUCAAAACCACAUCGAUCACUUGCACUCAUCGAACGUACAACGAAGUCUUGAAAAUGGUAGCGGUGAUACCAUUUCAUGGAAAUGGUAAAAGUAGACGAAAACUAUUCCUCACCAGUUGUUUUCUGGUGGCUCUCAUUUAUAUCAUAUAUUCGAUCGAAUAUCAGACAGUCAAUAAGAACUGCUUUGCCAAGCUAUUCCCGGAUAGCAAACGAACGCUGGAGGAUGUGCAGAAAGCUGGCAAGCAACCCGAAAGCGGGCAGAAUAUUUUCUUCCACGAGACAUCCUGUUCUGCGGAAGGGGUGAUCAAAUUGAACGCCAGGCAGGCUUGUGCAAUUGAAUCGGCCGCUAGAAUGAACCCGAACUGGAACACCUUUGUUUUGUUUGCCGCUCCGGUUGGUUUCCGCAACAAGACCGCCCUGCCACUGUUGGAUGCGCUGCUUGCAUAUCCGAAUGUAAACCUGCGGUUUGUGAAUUUAACCACUUACGCAGAGAGCACUCCUCUGGAUAGUUGGAUGCAAACCGGAGAGAUUUUUCGGUCCAAAUACAUGAACUCGCAUCUGUCCGAUAUAAUGCGUUACUUGACGUUGUAUAAAUACGGUGGAACGUAUUUGGAUCUGGAUGUGGUAGUGCUUAAAAGCUUGGAUACUCUGGAGCCGAACUACGCUGGGGCGGAAUCGCCGCGGUGGGUGGCAGCCGGAGUAAUGAACUUCGAACCCGAAGGGUUCGGUCACGAGAUGGCGGAAAUGUGUGUCAGGGAUCUAUUGAUGAACUUCAAUGGUCGAGACUGGGGCAAUAACGGACCGGGGGUUAUCACCAGGGUGCUCAAACAAGUAUGUCACACCAAAGCACCGCUGCUGAUGACCCGGCAACGCUGUCGUCAUUUUACAGUUUACCCACCGGAGGCCUUUUAUGCGAUCAAUUUCGAUGACUAUCUGCAGUUUUUCGAGGAACGCUGGCUAGAGCGGGCUUUGGCCACCGUCAACCAGUCCGUGGUAGUGCACGUGUGGAAUAAGUUCAGCAAAGAUCACAAAGUGCGAGUGGGAUCACGCGUCGCGUACGGUGUUCUCGCCGAGCAGUACUGUCCUCGGGUGUAUAAAGCUAGCGGUGAGUACUUCUAGUAGAUGCGGGUUAACUCCAGAGAGGGGACGUUUGGGUAGGUAACAAUAGUUCACAGUCUCCAGUGGAGGAUACACGAUUCUGAAUUUCCAUGCUAUUGAUAUUAUUUGGAGAUUUAAGCCAAAGGUAGACGAUGGUAGACGAUGGGAUGGCUUAAUGAAACCAAAAAGAAAAGUAGAUCUGGUAAUUUAGACCGAUAAGAAAGUAUCGAACUGAAGUAAAACAUUCAAGGAGAAUUUACUAGGAAUGCAACAAUGACAUAGAACAAGUGCCAGAACAUCUCGAAUCAACUGAACACUCACAAAUCUCACACAUUGCGAAUGUUUUUAAUACGUACUACUUAGAUCGUAAACUGAACGCAAACACCAUUCAUCGGAAGAGAUAAGUAUUUCUAAAAGACAUUUGGAACCUAACGAACAAAUUAAGUUAUCGCACCAAGUUUAAGAGAAAACGUAAAGAAGCAAAGUGUUAAACGUACUUAGAAUAAGGCAAGUAUCAAAAAAAAGGAUUGAUACUAUUGUUUUCGUCUUGAUCAAAUUCGUAGGAUCAAACUGCAUUUAAUUUAUUCCAUAGUGAGUUGUGACUUCAAAAACUCUGCCAUUCAAUGGUACGUAGCGGAAUCUAUUCCGGUUAUUCACAAAAUGAAUUCAAAUGAAACACGUUACAAACGCAUUCCAUCAUUAUGUUUCAAUUUUCAUUUCAUAAUCACAUAAAUUACUCAUAUAAAUGAUACGUACACCAUCUAAAUGAAAUUUUGUACUAUACUUCUCUUUUAUUAAUUUAUUAUUGUUUCAAAGUUCAUUUAUAAAAAAAUUAAUGAUUUUGUUUUUUAUAUACAAACAUUCCAUAGUUGUCGUGAUAAUUACUGAAUUGAUGUAUGUAUAUGUCAGAAUAUACCAGUGAGUGAAAAACAUACGCUCGAAUAUCAAAAAACAACAAAGAAACUCCAAUCUCAGCUCAGGGGUACAUUAACCAAAAAAAAAAAAAAAAUAAAAAAUGGGCAGAUCAAUUCACGCUUUGUUUGGAAAAGUUUGUAUAAUCCAGUUUUCUUUCUAUAAAGACCCACUUUUUUAUUUUUUGAUAGAAAUACUUUGUUAGAUCAUUCGAAUAAUUAUUUGCACUGCUUGUGCAGAACUACUUAAUGAAAACGAAGCACAGGAACGAGGAAGAAUAAAAAUCGAAUUUUCUAGAAACAAUAAUUCUGUAACUUCAGUUAACACACUGUUCCAGGUUUGGGGGCUUUGGGUGCUGUUUUAAUUUAUUUUUUCUCUUAGAAUAGUAGACGACUAAUGAAAUGUAA